AGCUAGUGUUUGUGUUGUGUGUCAAACUAUUUGCUGGCCCAGCUGUAAGACGAAAAAUAACUUUAGUCCUCAAAAGAAAAUGAUAAAACUUAUUCGAUUGCACUUCCAAUUUCAUUCCUCGGCAUAAAUCUAAACCAAUAAUCAUUUAAUCUGAUGACAUAAAUAAUUUGCAUUUGAAAAAAAACCAGACUUCGUACGUCACCAUUGGACAUUCACCAAGAUGUUCUCUUGAAACAGCUUCACUUUGCGUUCGCGUCCGCACCCAGUAAACAAUUAUAAAUAAUAAUAUAAAAAAUGUGAUAAACUAUAAAGAAAAAUUCAAAACGAAAACAAAAAUAGAAAAAUCCAAAUCCUCAAGCCCUCAAAAUCCCGCAGUGAAUAACAAAAGAAAUUUAAUCAAAAGAAUUUGCAAUUGCAAUUGGCUGCAUCACCAACGCCGUGACAGCGACAGCAGAAGCAGCAGCAUCGCAGCAGUGCUAAACGGAAUGAUAUUCCAUUCGAAAACGAUGUGCUGUGAAUACUCCUCUACGGGAACAUUUAACGUGAAAUAUCGGCGAAAAGUCUUUAUGAUCACUUUCAUCCAAAUGUUGGCAAUCUGGAUGUCGGUUUUGCACACAAUUGACGCCUUUAAUUGCACCACGGACGAGAGCUGCAAGAAUGGGGGCAUUUGCAGGAACAAUGCCUGCAUUUGUCCCGACGGAUGGCAGGGAUCCGACUGUCAGUUUUGCGGUGGAAAAGUGAGACUAACCGAACCCGAAGGUGUUAUACACGAUGGAUUUGGCAACUAUUCGGUAAGCGUCAAAUGCAGUUGGCUUAUAGAUGCGCGUCACACCAACUGGAGUAAUCGCUACCCUGGAGGUAAUAAGAGACCCGCUAAAAUUCGCUUGCAUUUGGAGGACUUUGCGACAGAAUGUGGAUGGGAUCAUUUGUAUAUUUACGACGGGGACAGUGUAGAAUCUCCAUUGUUAGCUGUUUACAGUGGACUAAUGUAUAGGAAGAAUUUUUCAAUAAGAAAAGUCCCGGAGAUAGUAGCUCAAUCGGGAUCAGCGUUAUUGCAUUUUUUCAGUGAUGACGCUUACAAUAUGUCAGGUUUUAAUAUCUCAUACAAAGUCAACGGUUGUCCUACAAACAAUUCAAGCUUGGACUGUUCCGGACACGGUAAAUGUCGAUCAACAGAUGCUACGUGCAUCUGCGAUGCUCUUUACACGGGUGAAGCAUGCAACAUUCACACGUGUGCAAAUGGGUGCUCCUUUCACUUGAAACAAGGAGAAUGCAAAAAAUCCGAGGGGCGUUGUGAGUGUUAUUCCGGAUUUACGGGAUAUGACUGCAGUCAGAUUAGUGACCUUGGAGUUUGGACUACUGUGUCCGCUCAGUACUCACCACCACCACCAGGAAGUGCAUCCCACGGAGCAGCAGUGUGGCGUGAUACUUUGCAUAUAAUCGGAGGUGAAAGCUAUGAUCGCGGAGAGCUUUUGAAUAUGUACGAUUUUAAUGGAAACGUUUGGGAAGCGGUGCAUAUUGAAGGAGGCAGCAGUGUGCCUGAAAUUCGUUAUGGAGUCUCGACUGUCAUGUACGGUGACAAGAUCUUCAUGUAUGGUGGUGUUAUUCGUCAUAAGGGGAUAUGUGGGGAACUUUGGGCGUUCGAUGUAAGCGCAAAAACGUGGGAGAAUAUAACAGUUAAGGCGGAACCCUGCAACGAGACAAGUUUUACAAUGUGCGGACCACUAAGGGUGGUUGGUCAUACGGCAACACUUGUGCCCGGGUUCGGUGACAAGAGUACCUACCAGUAUAUGGUAGUUAUCUUUGGGCAUUCGCCUCAGUACGGCUAUCUGAACACGGUUCAGGAGUAUAAUUUUGGUUCACGCGAAUGGCGAAUCGUCGAAACUAAUGGAUACGUGGUAAAAGGGGGUUAUGGCCACAGUGCAGCUUACGACUUAUUGACAGAAAAAAUAUAUGUCUAUGGUGGAAUUGUGUCAGAGAGUGAAAACAGUCAGGUACUGAGCAGCAAGCUGUACGCCUAUGAGCCCUCGACUCGAACAUGGACUCUCCUAACAUCAGCUCAAAGUGCGAGACUCCUCCAUACCGCAGACUUUGUGACCCCCGGCCUGAUGUUGGUCUUUGGAGGUAACACCCACAACGACACCUCACAAAGUUACGGCGCAAAGUGCUAUAGCAAAGAUCUAAUGGUGUACGAUGUUUUCUGUGAUUCAUGGCAUUACCAAGAAAUACCAGCAGAUCUGGUUUCAGAUCUGGCACGCUUCGGCCAUAGUUCAGUAGUGUUUGAAGAUUCUUUAUAUAUUUACGGUGGAUUUGAUGGCCAGUUACUAUCAGACAUGCUGAAGUUUACACCCGGAAAAUGUAGUUACUUUAAAAAGCAAGAGAAGUGCUUAAACUCGCGACCAGGAGUCAAAUGCAUCUGGGAUGUCCAGAAUUCUCGCUGCAUUUCAAUUGAUAAGGUUCAAAAAGCAUCAAUUUUUGGCCGAGAGCAAUAUGACUAUAUUCCUUGUCCAGAAAAGAGUCGUCUAACGAUGACCUCUGAGCUAUUACAAGAUGUAAGUCGGUGCCUAGAACUGAACAAUUGUGAAUCGUGCCUUUCCAACAGUUUCGGAUGCAUUUACUGUGGAAACGGUUCAUGUUCAAAGGACAAGUGUCGUGACGUCUUUUACGACGGCAGAUCGGUGGCGAUCAAGCGGCUCGACCAGUGUCCUAAAGAGAUUGGAACACAAUGUGAACAUUUACAUUGUUGUUACGCAUGUUCGGCAAAUCCAAAUUGCAUUUGGGAAGUGGAACAUAAUCGAUGUCGUCCAUUUAUAGGCAAUCGUACGAUAGAUCUAGCGGAAAUUCCGUGCCCACCACCAUGUGCAAACUUAACCACUUGCGGCAACUGCACUGACGAAGAAUGUAUUUGGUGCCAAAACGAACAAAGAUGUGUCGACAGGAAUGCCUAUACUGCCAGUUUUCCAUAUGGUCAAUGUAGGGAAUGGACGACACACCCGUCCAAAUGCCGCCCUGAAGUUUCAGGCUCACAAUGUGGGUUUUAUAAGACUUGCAACCAGUGCCGUGAUGAUCCGGCAUGUGGUUGGUGUGACGAUGGCUCUAACACUGGGUUGGGAGAGUGCCUUCCAGGAGGAGCGAGUGGUCCACAAGACAUGAUGGAAUGUUUAGCCACGCAGUGGUACUUCACGUCCUGUCCCGAUUGUCAGUGCAAUGGACACAGUGUCUGUUUGGACAAAUAUACGUGUGAUCAGCCCUGCUCGAAUCUUACAACCGGGCGCAAUUGCGAGAAAUGCAAGUCCGGUUUCUGGGGCAACCCAGUCAAUGGUGGAGCAUGUCAGAAAUGCGAAUGCAACAACCAGGGAAGCCUUUGUAACUCCGACUCCGGAAAAUGUUUCUGCCAAACAAAAGGAAUUGUUGGUGAUCACUGCGAAAAAUGUGACAGCCAGAAUCACUAUCACGGUGAUCCACUUAAAUCAUCCUGCUACUACGACCUAACCAUUGACUACCAGUUUACAUUUAAUUUGUCCAAAAAGGAAGAUCGCCACUUCACACAGAUCAACUUCCGCAACUCACCCGGCAAACCAGACAUAGACGCUGAUUUUACUAUAACAUGCAGUGUGCCUGCCAAAAUGAAUAUUACAGUCCGAAAGGCGGGAUCUAAUGAAAAUUUGGUGUUUAGUGGAAUAAACUGUACCACAUUCCGGCAUCGCUUCCCGAAGACGGAAUAUCAUUUCGGUGCUAACAGCGAAGACAAUACAACACUCACGACGUUCUACGUUUACGUGUACGACUUUCAACCACCGAUUUGGAUUCAAAUCGCUUUCUCUCAAUACCCGAAGUUGAAUCUGCAACAGUUUUUCAUAACGUUUUCGACUUGUUUCCUAUUGCUGCUCUUAAUGGCGGCGAUAUUGUGGAAAAUAAAACAGAAAUACGACAUGUUCCGAAGGCGACAACGGUUGUUUGUUGAAAUGGAACAGAUGGCAUCAAGGCCAUUCUCUCAGGUCUUGGUUGAAAUCGAGAAUAGGGAGCACAUAGAUUUGACGCAGACAAUUGAAAGCAUAUCCACUGCUUCUAGAAAACGUAAAAAGGAUUGUCCAAGUCCCAUAGCUCUUGAACCUUGUGAUGGUAACCGAGCUGCAGUUUUAUCUCUUCUAGUCCGACUACCAACAGGUGGCCUACAGCAUGCUCCACCUGGUCAAGCGGCUGGUUUAGCUGUAGCAAGUGCAUUAGUAACUCUUGGUAAUCCCAGGAGGCCAUCCCUAGAACAUCAAAAAGAACCGAAGACAAAGCGAAAACAAAGCCAGCAUCCAGAUAGUUGUACAUAAUAAUUUGUAAAUAAAUUGUAAUUAUUUACAAAUCUUAAAACACUGUUUAAACAUAAAACGACAUUAUUAUUAAAUAUUUAACAAUACAGGAUUAAAAGCAAAUAUAAUUAUAAGAUAAUUCACUUAUUAAAAUUAAUAAAACAAAAGACAAAUAAAAAAAUUAUGAAAAAUCGAUAA